AUGGAAGAGAGAGAAGAACGUAUUGAGGGUCACAAAUGGAUCGCUAGUGGUAAUGAGGGUGUGCGAGAGAAGAGUCUUUACGUCCUUCAAGUCAGCACCUUGGUUGGUGAUAUGGAGACAAUGGCAGAACCUCGAGAUGUAUCGUCCACAAAGUUUUGCGAGAACUACAUAUACGGUAAAGCUACGAGGGUGAAAUUUAGGCGAUCAGUUGAGGUGACUCAGAAGACACUCAGUUAUGUUCACUCAGACUUGUGA